GUCCGUCGGGUCUGUCGCGAUAGGCGUCGCGAUUUGAAGUUCUUGAGCAGCCGACAGCGAGAGACGCCGCCUUUUUUCUUUUUUUUUUUUCCUUCCCCACGCUUUUGCAGCUGUAAUUCUCACAUCUCAUUUUUAAGCGAUAACCUGCUUUGAAGGGCAGGAUUGGAGAUGGAUUAUACGACUCCUAUAUGAGGAUAGAUGAGUGCAGAUACCCAGAGCCUACAAAUGAAGAACGGAGCCCUUCGGGACUUCCUUCCCUUUCAAGACCUCAUGUUUCUAUCAACAAACUUAUAAUGAAGGAUCACUCUCUGGCUGCAAAUCAGGUCAAAGUGGAGCAGUUAUUUGAGGACUCUGGCAACAGAAGGAGCAGUGCUCUCCAGUCUGCAGGCCUUACUCCAGAAAGAUCUCUCCCUUCCCUGACAAAAGAGAAAACCCUAGAGAGCCUGGGUGCUAGAAGCAAUGGAAGCUCCUUGAAAUCAUAUAAAUCUGUCUCCCAAGCUCCAGAGGAAGCUGUUAAACAAUUCAAACAUCUGCUGUCAGCUUAUGAGCAGCAGGAGAUCUUCAGCUUCUCUGAGAUUUACUUUGUGGGGCCAUCUGCCAAAAAGAGGCAGGGGGUGGUCGGUGGCCCCAACAACAGCGGCUAUGACGACGACCAAGGCAGCUACAUCCACGUGCCCCAUGACCACCUGGCUUACAGGUAUGAGGUGCUCAAAAUCAUUGGCAAGGGCAGCUUUGGACAAGUUGCUAAAGUCUAUGAUCACAAACUCCACCAACACCUGGCCUUAAAGAUGGUUCGCAAUGAGAAGAGGUUCCAUCGCCAAGCUGCCGAGGAGAUCAGGAUCCUGGAGCACCUGAAGAAGCAGGACAAAACAGGCAGCAUGAAUGUCAUCCACAUGCUGGAAAGCUUCACCUUUCGGAACCACAUCUGCAUGACCUUUGAACUCUUGAGUAUGAACCUGUAUGAGCUGAUUAAAAGGAACAAGUUUCAGGGUUUCAGCCUCCAGCUGGUUCGGAAGUUCGCUCACUCCAUCCUGCAGUGUUUGGAUGCCCUUUAUAGAAACAAAAUCAUCCACUGUGACUUGAAGCCAGAAAAUAUCCUCCUGAAACAGCAAGGGAGGAGUGGAAUCAAGGUUAUAGAUUUUGGGUCCAGCUGUUUUGAGCACCAAAGAGUCUACACCUACAUCCAGUCCCGGUUUUAUCGGGCGCCAGAGGUGAUCCUGGGGAGCCGCUAUGGCAUGCCCAUAGACAUGUGGAGUUUUGGCUGUAUCCUGGUGGAGCUUUUGACUGGCUACCCUCUUUUCCCUGGAGAGGACGAGGCAGACCAGCUGGCCUGCAUCAUGGAACUUCUCGGAAUGCCACCUCAGAAGCUUUUGGAUCAAUCCAAGCGAGCCAAGAACUUCAUCAACUCCAAGGGUCACCCCCGUUACUGCACGGUGCUGACGCAGCCGGACGGGAAGGUGACCCUGAGCGGGAGCCGCUCGCGCCGCGGCAAGGUCCGGGGGGCCCCGGGGAACAAGGACUGGGUGACAGCUCUGAAGGGCUGUGACGACCCCUUGUUCACUGGUUUCCUGAAGGACUGCCUCAGCUGGGAUCCUUCCACACGCAUGAUUCCCAGCCAGGCCCUGCGGCACCCCUGGAUCUGCAAACGGGUGCCCAAAGCUGCCGGCCUGGAGAAAAGCUCCGGCAGGCGGCUUUCCAGCUAUUCAGGUUCCUUCCAAGGAAUUGCUAACAAGUUGCCUCCUGUGGCUGCAGUCCCCAGCAAGCUGAGGGCCAGUCUGGCCACUGAGCCCAGUGGCAACAUCCCUCUGUGUGCUGUGCUCCCCAAACUGGUCAGCUAGUGGGGAGUGGUGGGCUCCCAGGAUGUGUUAACUGUCUGUUCAUGCUGUGGGAGGACAUCAGCUGCAGGGGGUUUUAAUGGAUUUGCUUUUUGUUAGGGGCUCAGUCUGGAAUAUUGGAAGAUCAGUCAGAAAUGUGCACAUUAAAGGGCUGAUUUUAUCCAGUUGCUUCACUCACACCUGGUGCAUACUCCACUGCUGAGGGUUCAGCUCAGCUGGGGAGUACAGAGACAGUUUGGCUGAUGUGCUGUUUCAAAAUGCUAGUUUAGAAAUCAAACCAUUUAUCAUGGUUCAACAGGUUCUUUUCCUUAAGGAACUUGAUUUAAACUUCGUCAUACCAUGUUUUCAGUUAUCUCCAACUGAACUGUUUCUGUUCCAGGGGAAAGUUUUUAAAUUUCUUGUCAAAAGCACAAAUGCAUUAAUGUAAUGCAUUAGGAACUUACUUGCAAAUUGCUUAAGUUUGAAGAAUUUUAUUUCUCUGCAUUGCUUUUCCCUUACUAUCCUGGGAUUUUAAAAACUGUGAUGGGAUGUAGACACCAAAGGAAUUUGUUAUUGGAAAAAAAAAUACUCAGAUGUUAAAAUUUCAAAGCAGAGUAGAAAUGCCAUGAAACACAGGAUAUCUCUAAAUAAAACUACUAAUUUCUGUACCACUUGCUAUUUCCCCCUAAAAAUCUAUGGGAAGCUUGUAGGGGAAUUUGGGAUCAGGCCUGGUCCUUCACAAGUGUGGGCCAGUUUGUUCAGGUAAUGAUUGAAUUAUCUGGUUCUUUGGAGCUCAGAUUUCCAUCAUCAGUUCUGCCAGGUGUGUGUCUUUGUUUUUCCUGUGUUUCUAAAACAAAAAUGUUGAACUUCAAGAGCUGGUUUAUAUUCAUGUUUGAGAUUCUGGUAAUUGCAAAAAAUGAUCUCUUUGUGUAGAGUGAAUUCCAUUGAAUUACAUGAAGCUCUUUUAAUAAAAAUUCAAACAUGCCA